UGUCACCGCGCCCCCGACGGCCCGCCGUCCCCCGCGGGCGCCGGCUGAGGUGCGCGGGCCCCAAGACCCGCGGCCCCGCGAGCCGGCCCCACGAGCCCGCCCCGCUCGCGGCCCAGCGUGGCCGCCCCACGCUCACCUGCGCCGCCGCCCGCCGCGACCGCCGCGACCGCCCUUUGAGCCCCGGCUGCCUGCGACCGGAAGAGCGAGGCCGCGACCGGAAGAGCGAGCCACGCCGCGGAGCACCACGGGAACCGGGAAGCCCCGCCCGCGCCCGCCGGCGCGGGGGCCGCCGCGCCGCGCACGUCGCGAAACGUCGGGCCGCGCUGCUUUCCGGCAGGCGCUGGCUAGGCCGCUUUCCGGCGGGCCGGCGAAGAGGGCGAGCCGCGUCGGGGCGGCGGCUGGUGAGGUGCGGAAGCGGCCGGCCUGUGGGGCCGCCAGCCCGGAGCCCCGCCAGGGGUCGCCGCCGCCUCGUCCUGCCUCUCGGCGGAGGCGCCGCGCGGCCGGCAGCGGUCCGGGCCCGCGGGGCCGCCGGGCUCAGCAUGCCCGGGGUGAAGCUGACCACCCAGGCCUACUGUAAGAUGCUGCUGCACGGCGCCAAGUACCCGCACUGCGCGGUCAACGGGCUGCUGGUGGCCGAGAAGCAGAAGCCGCGCAAGGAGCACCUGCCGCUGGGCGGCCCGGGCGCCCCCCACACGCUCUUCGUGGACUGCAUCCCCCUCUUCCACGGCACGCUGGCCCUGGCGCCCAUGCUGGAGGUGGCCCUCACCCUGAUUGAUUCAUGGUGCAAAGAUAAUAGCUACGUGAUUGCUGGUUAUUAUCAAGCCAAUGAACGAGUGAAGGAUGCCAGUCCAAACCAGGUUGCGGAGAAGGUGGCCUCCAGGAUCGCCGAGGGCUUCAGCGACACCGCUCUCAUCAUGACAACACCAGAUUUACCAUGGACUGUGUGGCGCCCACGAUCCACGUGUAUGAGCAGCAAGAGAACAGGUGGCGAUGCAGAGACCCACACCAUGACUACUGUGAGGACUGGCCUGAGGCGCAGAGGAUUUCAGCCUCACUCCUGGACAGCCGGUCCUAUGAGACGCUCGUGGAUUUCGAUAACCACCUGGAUGACAUUCGGAAUGACUGGACAAACCCAGAGAUCAACAAGGCUGUUCUGCACCUGUGCUGAGCAGGGGCCGUGGUGGCUGGCUGCUCCUGGGGCUUUUCCACUACGCUGAAGAAGAAAACCUAUUUUUAAAGCAGAAUCGAAGCCUGGAGGAGAGCCGGACGUCCAUCGGCAGCAUUCAGCGCAGAGGCCGAGGGAGGCCCCGACUGCCUGGUCCCUGUGGAUUCUCUCAGUCAUGUGUUGCUGUCAUCUUCCAAAUCAAAGCUAUUUCUGCUUGUCCGAGAUUGUUCCUAUUAAACAGUUUUAACUAACCUUUUA